AUGGGUGGUCGCCUUGAGCCGCUUCAUCUCCAGAUCAGCCGACAAAUGCCACCGCUUCUUCCAUGCUCUCAAGAAGUCCGAGAAGUUCGAGUGGACCCCUUCCUACGAAGAAGCCUUGUAGCAACUGAAAAGGUACUUGACCUCCCCUCCCCUCCGCUCCUUUCCAAACCUAUGGACGAGGAGAAGCUCUACUCUUACCCAACGGUCUUAAAGAUAGCCAUCUUAGCAGUACUAGUUCGGGAAGAAGAAACGAAGCAGUUACCGGUCUACUAUGUGAGCAAGUCACUCCUCGACGCAGAAACGCGGUAUAGUCAGCUGGAAAAACUGGCCUUCGCCCUUAUCCAUGCAUCCAGAAGGCUAAGGCCGUAUUUUCAAUGCCACCCCAUAGUGUGGACAGUAGAGCUCAGUAAGUUCGACAUAUCCUACCAACCUCGUACCGCCGUCAAGUCCCAGGCACUAGCAGACUUCGUUGCUGACUUCACACCAAGCACCACCACCCAAGCUGAAAGGGAAUUAUUAUGCAUGAACAGCGCACCACCCUCCAAAUGGACUCUCCUAGUGGAUGGAUCGAGUAAUGUGAAUGGAAGCGGACUUGGAAUAGUACUGAUUGCACCAGAGGGAGACAUCGUCCAGCGAGCAAUCCGGUGUGGGUUCAAGUGUACGAACAACAAGGCCGAAUAUGAAGCCCUCAUCGCCGGACUUUCCUUGGCCAGAGAAAUUGGUGCAAAGAGACUGGAAGUGAAGUCUAAUUCCCAGCUCGUGGUCAAUCAACUACAAGAGGAGGCCCAAACUGUUCUAGCUGAACUCCAUGAUGGUGAAUACGGGAACCAUGCUGGGGGACGCAGCCUUGCACACAGGGUGAUCACUGCUGGAUAUUAUUGGUCAACCAUACGCACCGAUUCGACCGCUUAUGUGAAGAAGUGCGACAACUGUCAAAGGUUCGGGAUACCGAAGAAGAUCGUUACCGAUAAUGGAUCCCAGUUCAUCAGCUUAGGAUUCAAGAAUUUCUGUGACAUGUGGGGAAUAAAACUGAGCUUCUCAACCCCCCGCAACCCCCAGUCUAACAGCCAGGCUGAGUCAUUAAACAAGACCAUCAUUCAUACACUAAAAAAGCGAUUACAGAAAGCUAAGGGUGCAUGGGUAGACGAGCUACCUGGAGUCCUCUGGUCACACCGAACCACGGCUCGCUCAUCAACGGGUGAGACCCUGUUUUCCCUCACAUAUGGCUCUGAAGCAGUCAUCCCAGUCGAAGUAUCAGUCCCAUCCACUAGGCUCCAAUGGGCAGACGAGGAAUCAAACAGCCACAACCUAUGCCAGAACCUGGACACUGUCGACAAGCUACACGAACGGGUGAGCAUCCGCAACAUAGUCUAUCAACAACAGGCCACCCGACAUUACAACCGCAACGUGAGGAUUCGAACUUUCAAGAUAGGCGAUUGGGUCCUUCGCAGGGUCUUUCAAAACACCAAGGAGAUUAACUAUGACAAACUCGGCCCCACCUGA